AUGGAGAUGAUGGCCAUGGCGAUGCAGCAGCAGACUGCACAUUUUACUAGGGUGGAUGCUGUGAGAACUACAUCUGGUGUAGCAGGAUCUACUGGAUCUCAUUCGAACAGGGAUCUGGAUGAGUUUAGAAAGUGUAGUCCUCCUCAAUUCAAAGGUGAUGUAGAUUCAAAGGUGGCUGACCACUUGAUUUGCGAGUUGGAAAAUAUAUUCUCAGUGCUAGGUUGUUUAAAGGAGCAGAAGCUCGUCUAUGCAGUGUAUAUGUUGAUAGGGGAGGCAGAGUAUUGGUGGAGAGGUACUAGUCAGAUGCUAAUUGAUUGUGGAGUUGUUGUGGACUGGGUAUGCUUCAAGAAGGCCUUCCUUGAGAAGUACUUUCUAGAGAGUGUCAGGCAUGCUCGGGAGAUAGAGUUUAUGAGAUUACAGCAGGAUGGAAUGUCAGUGAUUGAGUACGCCAUGAGAUUCGAGAACUUGGCACGCUUCUACACCUAG